GGAGUCCUACCCACGAACACGAACACGAACACACCCCGAUAUUUGCAGCCAAAAUUAAGGGGCCAACAACAUCGACAUCUCUCUUUCACCAUUUUCUCUCUCUCUCUCUCACUCUGUGUCUGUGUCUGUUUGUGUGUGUCGAGGUCAAUUAAUUACUCUUCCCUCCCCAUCUCUCAAGUCGCAACUCGGUGAAAAUAUGAUAGCGAACACUGUAACAAUAGUAAUAUUUAAAGGGAUUAAAGAUUGUUUUGUCCAUUUUUCCGCUUUUUAUGGUUGCUUUUCUAUUUAUUUUAGUUUAUUUGCUUUUGCUGGUCUGGUGUGCCUCUGUUUUGUUUCAUUCUAAAGUUAUUUUGCAGAGGUUCUGAUAUAAUGAGGUAAUUCUUUCUCUCGGCCAUGCCUUAGCUUUGUUCGUGUUUUCGUCCGUUUCUUUGUUGUUGUUAUUCUCUGUUCUCAGUGAUUUCCUCUCGGCAUUCCAUUUCAACAAAUAAAAUUCUCCCAUCCGGAGGAUGAUGGGGAUUGGAGACUGCAGAGUUGAAAUUUGAAAUAAAUUAAAUAACAAAAAUAAAGAAGAAGAAAAGGCAAAGUAAAGGAUGUGGGGUGUGCGUUUUGUACUGUCUCAGCCUGUACACCCACUCAACUCUCUCUCUCUCUCUCUCUCUCUCUCUCUCUCUCUCUCUCUCUCUCUCUGAUUAAUAACAGUCUCAGUCCAAAACCCACCACCAACAUUGGCUUUUUUCCUUUUGUUUCUGUGCUUCUGCUCCCUCUGCUCAGUACUGCAAAUGGGUGAGGAAUCAUAUUUUGAAUUUCUUGAUAUUAUUUGAUCGCCAUUCCGUUUCUUUCAUGCUUUAGCUUUCUGGGCACUCCCAAACAUGAACACCUUUAUUAUUCUUUCCUUUCCUUUCCCUUAUCAUCUUUUACCUUUCUGGGUAUCUCUCCAUGUAUGAAUUUGUUUUUCUUUUUCUUUUGGGACUUGCCAUCCACUUUUUUAAUGUUCUAGCCAUGUCGGCACCCUUCAAAUUGUGAACUUAUGGUUGUUGUCUCGUUUUCAAUCCAUUUUUCCCGCGUUCUAGCUCUGUGAUUAUUCCCUUGAAUUUCACUUCAUCCCUCUGUCUUCUCUCCCUUGCGGGUCCUUGUGUAGCGGGUUGUACUUUGUCUUGAACUUCUACGAAAAAUUCCAGUGUUCAUGGAAAUUGAUUUGAACCAUGCAGUGAAAGAGGGGGAGAAGAGUGCAUGUUGUCAAGGAGAUUGUGAGAAGGGUGAGGGUAUCGGUUUUUGUUCUUUGUCUUCCUCGUCUUCUUCCUCUUGUUCCUCAACUUCUAUUCCUUCUGAAUCUUCUUCAAUUUAUUUGGAGCUGUGGCAUGCAUGUGCUGGCCCCCUCACCUCCUUGCCAAAGAAAGGCAACCUGGUUGUCUACUUUCCACAAGGUCACCUGGAGCAGGCUGCUACUGCCUCACCUUUCCCAUGCUUGGAAGUGCCUACCUUUGAUCUCCAACCUCAGAUCUUGUGCAGGGUUGUCAAUGUCCAACUGCUUGCUAAUAAGGAGAAUGAUGAGGUAUAUACACAGGUGACACUCCUUCCUCAACCAGAGUUAGGGGAGAGGACUUUAGAGGGCGAAGGGCACGAGGAUGAUGUGGGGGCAGAGGAGAGUGGGCAUAUACCGAGCAAAUCAACCCCUCAUAUGUUCUGUAAAACACUUACAGCCUCCGACACGAGCACCCAUGGUGGGUUCUCUGUCCCUCGUCGAGCUGCGGAAGACUGCUUCCCGCCAUUGGAUUAUAAACAGCAAAGACCCUCUCAGGAGCUCGUUGCCAAGGACCUUCAUGGAGUGGAAUGGAGAUUCCGCCAUAUUUACAGAGGUCAGCCACGGCGGCAUCUUCUUACUACAGGGUGGAGUAUUUUUGUUAGUCAAAAGAACCUUGUUUCUGGGGAUGCAGUGCUCUUCUUGAGGGGUGAAGAUGGAGAACUGAGACUAGGAGUUAGAAGAGCUUCUAAGCCAAGAAAAUCUCUUCCUACUUCAAUUAUUAGCAACCACAAUAUGAAUCUCAAUGUUCUCUCACCGGUGGCUAGUGCAAUAUCCACCAGAAGUAUGUUCCAUGUGUUCUACAGCCCAAGAGCAAGUCCUGCAGAGUUUGUCAUACCUUACAAAAAAUACGUGAAAAGCAUCAGGCAUCCGAUAUCAAUUGGUACAAGGUUCAAAAUGAAAUUUGAAAUGGAAGACAGAGCAGAAAGAAGAUGCAGUGGUGUAGUGACUGGAAUAGGUGAUUUGGAUCCUUGUAGAUGGCCUAAUUCAAAAUGGAGAUGCUUGAUGGUUAGAUGGGAUGAAGAUAUUGCUAGAAAACAUCAAGAACGAGUUUCCCCAUGGGAGAUUGAGCACUCCAUUUCUUUACCAGCUUUGAGCACCCCCUCCACCCCAAGGCUGAAGAAACUACGGAUGGGUCUGCAGUCAACCUCACCUGACAACCCUGCUACUGCAACGGGAUGUGGGUUACUGGGCUUGGAUGAAUCUCUUAGAUCAUUUAAGGUCUUGCAAGGUCAAGAAAAUGUAGGUUUUAUGUCACCACAGUAUGCAGGUGAUAAGGUAAACCUCCCUUUGGACUUCGAGGUGCACAAUCUCGCAAACCAGAAUCUCAUCAAAACUGGUUUAGCAGCUUCUGACAUCAGUCAUUCUAUGUAUAUACAGCCCACUACUUACACAGGUCUUUCUGAAUCCAAUAGAUUCCACAAGGUCUUGCAAGGUCAAGAAAUUUGCCCACCUAGAUCCCUGCUUGGAAGAGCUGAAUUCAGCCUUGGUUCUUGGGGAAAAAAUGAUUUUGGUUGCAAUGUGUUCAACAUGUACCAAAAAUCCAAUCCUCAUUUCCAUCCAUUUUCUCCAGAUGGAAUUAGAACCAUCUAUAUGCCAUUUAGUGAUAUAUACAAGUCAAGGCAUGAUCCCGUCCUGCACCCAUAUAUGACCAACUUCCAUGGUGGGAGCGUCCAAACAAACUUGUCUGCCCAAAGAAACCUCUCUUGUCUUAUCAGGGAUGAAGGAUGCCACCCAGGUUCACAGAAUCCAACGAAAGAACAGAAGCCGCAGGAAGAUUUAUCCAUUCUGACCAUACAAGCCACAGAACCCAAAAUUUGUGGGAAGGAUGAAAUUUGGGAUGGAUCUAAAACUGGCUGUAAACUGUUUGGGUUUUCCUUGACUGGAGAAACUCCAGUUCCAAAUUCACAGAGCUCAAGGAGGAGUUGCAUCAAGGUUCACAAACAAGGAAAUUUGGUCGGAAGAGCUGUUGAUUUAUCAAGACUUAACAGUUAUGAUGAUCUGCUGAAUGAGCUAGAGCGGCUAUUCAACAUGGAAGGCCUUCUACGCGAUCCAAAUAAAGGAUGGCAGGUUGUUUACACAGACAGUGAGGAUGAUAUGAUGAUGGUAGGCGAUGAUCCUUGGAAUGAGUUCUGUAAUAUCGUGUCCAAGAUACAUAUAUAUACGCAGGAGGAAGUGCGGAAGAUGACCUCUGGAAUGGUCAGUGAUGACACUCAAAGCUGUUUGGAAGAACCACCUGCAUUAGUGGAUGUGUCAAAAUCCUCUUCAGUGGGUCAGCCUGAUUCUUCUCCAACAGUAAUUAGGAUUUGACAGUAUGUUUGUCUAGGAUUACGUUUGCUGAAAUGAAAUCUGUGACUUUCCG